UAUUCUCCUUCUUCGAACCUUCCAAAUUCCUUCAAGCUUCAGCCAUUAUCAUUUUUAAGGCAAUCUUCCCAAAAAAACUCUCCAAACAAAUUCAUUCAGCUCUCCCACCCAAAAACCUCUCCUUCCUUACUCAACCUCGAUUUAUUUCCCCUCAAGCUUCACUUCCUCGUCAAAGUCCCUUUUCUCGGCAUACGAUUUUCAGUUUCUAGGGUUCCGUACAGUGUGGAAAAGGAGGAUCGAGCUUAAUCGAAUCCAAUGGAUUGGGGAAACGUAACCGCGGAGGAUCUGAUCGACGCCCUUCGUGAAGUUGACUGGUCAUCACCGCCGCGACCUCUCUCCGAAUUCUUCUCCCGAUUCACCGUCCCUCGAUCAUACGCUAAAUGGAACAGCCGCCUUAAAUGCAAUCUCUACUACUAUCGAACCAACUAUUUUAUAAUGAUUGUUCUCAUUCUUGGUAUGGGAUUCCUGAGGAGACCGGUUGCUAUUUUAGCUGCGAUUUUAACAGCGCUUAGCAUCGCAUUUCUGAAUGAUAGCUUUGCCGGUACUUUUAGUGAGAAGGUGACAAGAACUGUGCGGCAAUUCUCUCCACAUUUAGCAGCGAAGAUGAGGCCUCCCCUUACGCCUGUUAUUCGUGGACGACCGUCAGCUAAAAGAGCAAUUCACAUAUGCGGUCGGCCUCGUUGGGUGUUUGUCUUCAUAUUCUCUUCUGUGAGUUUUAUCCUUUGGUAUGUGUCCUGUGGUCUCUUGACUGUGCUAUGGGCACUUGCCAUUGCACUUCUUGCUACCAUCCUCCAUGCAAGUUUUAGAACACCUAACCUGAAGGCGCGUCUUAACACAUUCCGUGAGGAAUUUCGUGCAGUUUGGCGCAAUUACAGUGAGCUGUAGUUCACAUAGUUCGUAGCAUGCAGGGAUGGUUCUGAUGAUGUGAAACUCGUACAGCUUGUUAUUCUAAGGUAGCUGCUGUUGCUGUUUCUACAAAAUAAUUUCUUUGGCUGGAAUGAGGUGAAGGCUGCUAAUCAUUGCAUAUAAUGGACAAGGUGUAAAUUGUCAGGACCUCUUUGUUUCUGUAAAGCGGACCGUUUCUGUUGUUUUUUUAGUCCAUAAUAUUGGAGAGACCUUGGAGGAUGUUUUUAUUAAUACCCGUCCUUUAAAGAAAAAAAAAAGCGCAGGACUCAUAUAAGCAGUUAGCUCAAAUAUUCUUAUAGUCAUCAGGCAAGCUGGCUGCUAAUGUUUCAUUUAGCUGUACUUGAUUUUUAGUUACUUCUAGUAGUUUUUGGUGUGACUUUAAUGCUAAGGGACUGUAAACCUCUUGCAGAUUGUGAAUGAUUUUACAGGUAUGAAUUCAUUUCCUACUCUGGUUUAUUUGGA